CCUGGGCUGGACUCAAACCCAGCAAUUUCAUUGGCAGGAGACUGAAUUGUCUCAAAUGGGGGGUUAGGUUGUGAGAUGCCAGUUCCGCCCUUCGUACACAGCCCGGAUAGGGACACACUGAGGAGCAGGCUGGGAAUUGUCCCCUGCUGCCGCCUGUAACUCCCUGCAACUCCCUGCUCCUGUGUCCCUGACAUUCCCAUCCCCUGUACUCACAUCUCCAGCCUCGUCUACUGGAUUUGCACCAGACUCGCAGCAAUAUGAAACCAUUGAUGUACGAGGCAUUUCCUACCCCCCGAGAUUUACAAUGGACUGUGUGUUCCUGAUUUGCAGGAUUUCCAAAGAUGAAACCAGAAAUUUCAGAAAUAAAAUUAGAGGAAGAACAUUCAGAAGAUCAUCUGAACCCAAUGGAAAUCAUGGCAGUUACACUUACUGAUGGGGCAGGUUUCCUGGAACCAGAACCAGAGAUAUUACAGGUUAAAAUAGAGGAAGAAGAACUGGGCUUUGUAGAGCCGAUACACCAGAUGGAACGGACAUCAAGCAGAUUUACAAAUGGGCGAGGAUAUUGUGAGGAAAGGCAGAUGCCCCAAGAAAACUACAUAAGUCCCGACUUCCUGAAAGAGUUCAUAGAUAUGUACCGCGCUCUCCCGUGCUUGUGGAAAGUGAAGUCGACUGAUUAUUUUAACAAGCAGAAGAAGAACCGGGCUUACGAGAAACUGCUGAGACUGUGCAAGACCGUGUAUCCCACCGCCAACCUGGAAUAUGUCAAACACAAAAUCGCCAACCUAAGAACAGUCUUCAAAAAGGAGCUGAAGAAAGUGGAAUUAUCCAAACGAUCCGGGGCCACGGGGGAUAACGUGUACGUCCCUCGUCUCUGGUAUUUCGAACUGCUAAAAUUUACCAUCGAGCAGGACGCAACCUGCAACGCCACGUCCAACAUGGUGGAAGAUGAAGAUGUGAUCCCUUGUGACCUAGGCGAGGAGGAGAAACGGGCCAGUGAAGACAGCUUUGUUGAAAUUAUUGAAAGUCCAAAUUUGUCUCAGGCGAGUAUCCACAGGCAGAACGAGGCGCUGGUGGAAAACGACGCUGAAGAAUUUAGUCUCCCAAAGAAGCAAAUGAAGCGAAAACUGUGCAACGACGACCUGGAAAAACAGUUGUUGUCCCAAGCGGCGGCCAUUUUGAGCAGAGACGAUGACGAGUGCGACAAUUUUGGGGUCAUCGUAGCGUCAAAGCUUCGUAAAAUGGACGAGAACCAAAGACUGGCCGCCGAGAUGAUUAUAUGGGACGUGUUGCAUAAAGGGAUGUUGAAGCAGCUGAAUGUACAGGAUCCCAUUGGACAAUAUACGGGACCAGUACAUCAGGCUUAUAAAUAAAUAGUCUGGGACUCUUGGGUUCAACCAUCAGAACCUCUCCUGCUGCUGCCCAGAUUCUGUUCCUUUUAGCGACACCACAGUCUCUGUUGCCCAGAGAGGAUCCUGGCUCCGUUCAUGUAUUGAAGGAAGACUCUGCACUUGGGGCCGGGCCCCUGACUGGAUGAGACCUGGGCAGGAAUUCAGAUACUGUAGUGUUUUUAUUUUCUCUUCAGGAAGUGCAGCAAAGCCUCUGUGUUUGCUCUUUUGUAGCUCUUAGUUCCUCCCGUAGGCUCUAGUUCCACCCCCAAAAUCGUUUAUACAGAGAUCAGUUUAGGAGAUUUUUAUCGAUAGUCACAAGUUUUUACUUAAUAACUUUACAUUUCUCCUGUGACAAUAUAGAGAAACCUAUAUACGUUCCUUUGUCCAACACUG